AUGCCUACCUUGUCACUAUCCGCGUUGUUCGCUCUAUCCUCUGUAGCAGGAGCAUGGCCGCACUUUGGUCCUCCUGGACCUCCCCUCCACUCUGGCGCACCGCUACCUCCACCUCCGGGUGGCCCCAAGCAAUCUUCCUGGGGCCUUAAGAAGUUCACCAGUCUCGUCGCUUUCGGAGACAGCUACACUGACGACUCGCGUCUCGGAUACUUUGGCUCCCACAACGGCAGCGCUCCCCCGGUUGGUUGGGUCGACCCAGCAAACUACCACUCGGCAGAUGGCGGUCGCCCUUGGCCUCAAUAUGUGGCUCAGUAUUCUGGCGCCAACAUCUACAACUAUGCGGUUUCUGGAGCGGUUUGCAGUAACAACAUCACUCCUCGCACUUUUUCCAGCAUCAAUGCCGACUUCCCUGACGUCGAGGGCUAUGAAGUUCCUGCAUAUCUCGCAGACAGCAAAUAUGUGUACCCCAACGGCACGAAAGCGCUGGAUGUGCCUGUGAACAGCACUGUCUACUCAAUCUGGAUCGGCACCAACGAUCUCGGCAACUACGCUUUCAUCGACGACAGCCAGGUCGCGGGUAAAGUCAUCCCCGACUAUAUUGAUUGCGUCUAUCAACAGUUCUCCACCCUCUACAACUCGGGAGCCAGAUACUUUGUGCUGCAGAAUGUGGCUCCAUUGCAGUUGAGCCCGCAGUAUGGGUUACCUAGCAAGGGAGGCUUGAACGCUACUCAGUACUGGCCCGAUAAACCCGCCAAUACCACAGAGAUAUCGGGACGUAUGCUGGAGACCACGACUACGGUCAAUGAUGUCUACAAGUACCGUACACCCUAUGAGGUCCUUCUCGCCAACAAGUACCCUGGCGCACACUUUGCCGUAAUGGACAUGUAUGGUCUCGUGAGUUUUCUUCUCUGCACCUUCUCAUACUUCUCUAAUAGUAGUUACAGANUUACCGAUAUGUACAAUAACCCUGCAGAAUACUUGAACGGAACCAAUCCUACUGUGACUGGCUACGUCAACCACUGCACCACUAACGGCACAGAUUGUGUUGCUGCUACCAACCCUGACUCGUACCUUUGGUAUGAUCCUCUGCACCCUAGCGAGCAAGCCGACCGCAACUUCGCCAAAGCCUUUAUCGAUGUGGUGGGAGGAAACAGCAAGUGGGCUACUUAUUACUCUGCCUAG